UUGAGCUAAUAAUUAACUUAAAACAAGCACAGCAGACCGUGAUUUGACCCAAAAACUACGACCUAGGACUGACUUGUUGUUAAGCAGCAAGCAAUGGCACGCUUAAUUUUGUUCUGCAUAUUUCAUCUCUUCGCUUGCAUUUGUGCUCAGGAUAAAGCAUUUUUAAUCACUGCACCGAAACUCCUGCGACUCGAUGCUUCAGAAAAUGUGAUGGUGCAGUUGUUCGGUUAUGACCAGGAUACCACCGUGGAUCUUUACCUUAAGAAAUCACUGGCAGCAGGAGACAAAACAUAUGCAUUUCAUUCCUUAAAACUGAAUUCUCAGAACAAUUAUCAAUCUGUGGCUACUUUACGGAUCAUGCCUAAAGAUUUUCCGAAGGGGGAAACACAUGUCUACCUCCAGGCUAUAUCUACUGGGGGUUUCAGUAAACAUGAAAGAAUCCCAGUCACUACUGUUAAUGGUUUUCUCUUUAUCCAGACUGACAAACCACUAUACACACCUGAUCAGGAAGUACAAGUCCGUGUUUACUCCUUCAACGAAGAGCUGAGGAAAUCUAGACGUACCGUGACCCUUACAUUUGUGGACCCCAAUGGAAUCAAGGUAGAAAUGAUUGAUAUGACAGACAUCAAUGGAGCAAAGCCACUUCUACCUCCCUUCAAAAUACCACUUAAGCCAACUUUUGGAAUCUGGAAAAUUGAGGCCACAUAUGCAGAGAUUUUUGAAACCACUGCCACCGCUGCAUUUGAAGUCAAAGAAUACGUCCUGCCCAGCAUUUUUGUUCACAUCGAGCCUGGAGCAAACUACGUCAGUGUCGACAACUUCGACUCUUUUCCACUGAAGAUUUCGGCCAAGUAUGCACAUGGUACACCGGUUACCGAUGCCGAUGUGUUUGUGAGGUUUGGUUACAGUUCUCCAGAUGAAACAGUCAUGAUCCCAACAACAUUUAAAAACCAUCAGAUGACAGAUGGAAACCUGGAUGUCAAUCUAAACAUCAAGUCAGCUCUGUCCACCAUGCCUGACGGACCUCAACACCUGCAUGAAAUGAAGACAAACACAUUUCUUCGCGUCAUAGUUUUGGUGCAAGAGUCAACUGGUGGGAUCUCCGAGCAGGCAGUGCUCUCACAUGUGAAGUUUGCAGAAUCUCCAUUUAACCUACAAGUGGUUGCAACUCCUCCAUUCAUCAAGCCUAAUUUACCAUACACUAUUAGAGUGUUGGUGACAGAUCCUUUGGGUGAACCACAAAAAGGAGUGAAAGUCCAGGUAAAGGCAACAACAAGAAAUGUCAACAAGGAAACAGAGACGCUUAGGUUUGAUGGACACAUGGAGACAACUACAGCAAUAAGUACGAGGGAUGGAAUUGCGUACUUCAUACCUAAUAUACCCAAAGAUGUGGAAAAAGCUGAAUUUACUUUCAACACAGCAGAUGAUCCUUGGAAUCAAGCCCAAGUCACAUUUACUGCAGAAUCCUAUGUCUCUCCCAAUCACCGAUACUUGUACAUUAAUUUACCAUCGGAAUCUUCAGAGUUUAAAGUUGGCCAGUACACAAACAUCGAAGUUCACUUUGAAUAUCGUGAAUAUCUUUCCUUGAAGACCUUCAGCUACCAGAUCAUCUCUAAAGGGAAGGUGGUGAAGUAUGCAACAGUUAAUCGUAUAAAUGAAAGGAGUCAGAAUCUGAACAUUCAGAUAACCCAUGACAUGGUGCCAUCUGCACGACUGCUGGUUUAUUACAUCCUGACCGGAGAGGGCACAGCUGAACUGGUGGCAGAUUCAGUGUGGUUUGAUGUUACGGCGACUUGUGUCAAUAAUUUAAAUGUGGAUCUCUCAACUCUCAACUCACAGACACUCUACAAGCCCAAAGAUGAGCUCAAUUUAAAGGUGUCAACUAAAACCAUUCAGGAGGAUUCACUGGUGGCGCUGUCUGUUGUAGACACAGCCCUAUACACCCUCAGAUCUGACACUACAAACCCUCUAAAAAAGGUGCUGGCACAUAUUGAGCGAAGUGACUUGGGUUGUGGAAGAGGGGCUGGCAAAAACAACGCUGACGUGUUUGACCGUGCCGGGCUUAUGAUCAUCACCAAUGCAAAUGCCAAGACCUCCAGUGAAGGGACGGCUUGCCAGUCUACGGCUAGGCCAAAGCGUUCGAUUGACCUGAGCAUUAAACUCGAUGAACAAGCGAACAAGUUUGGGAUGUUCAAGAACUGCUGCUUAGCUGGGACAAGCAGUAGCCCGACCCUUGAAACCUGUAGAGAUCGUACUAGGAAUCUACAGGUGCCCGCUGAUAUAAAGAAGAACCCUAAUUAUGAGAAACAGUGUAAGGCCGCCUUUUACAAAUGCUGUGAAUUUGCAAUAAAGCUCCGUCAUGACAGUGAGAAAAAGAUCAUUUUGUGUCGCGCAGGAAUUGACUUUAUGUUGGAUUUGGCACCAUCGGUUCGGAGCUACUUCCCUGAGAGUUGGUUAUGGGAGGAAAAGACAAUCGGCAGAUCUGGAUCGGUAAGCAUCAACAAAAAUAUUCCAGAUUCGCUGACUACAUGGGAAGUGAAAGCAGUUGGGGUUUUCAGUGAGGGUAUAUGCAUGGCAAACCCUUUAAAGAUUCACGUGUCUCAGGAAGUUAGUAUAAAUAUCCCGUUGCCGUAUUCAAUGGUACGCGGAGAGCAGAUUGAGCUCAAGGGUUCAGUCUACAACCAGCGUUCUACAAGUAUUACGUUCAGUGUUUCACUGACAGCACCGGAUGGAGUAUGCGUGUUUCGUGGUGUUCUGCAGGGGAAAAAUGACCAACCACAUGAAAACAGUGGGACAGUAGAUGCCAAUUCAAUAGCCUUGGUCAAGUUCUACAUCAUGGCCUUGGAAGCAGGAACUCAUACACUUACUUUCACUUUACAAACAUGGUUGGGGGCGAGGGCGACGAGGGGGAAUAAGAGGACUGAGAUUUUGAUCAAGAAGUUGAGAGUUGUGCCAGAGGGAAUUAGGACAGAGUUAUCAACCGGAGGAAGGAUAGAUCCACGAGGCGUUUUUGGUACUCCAAUCCGAAAACUUGAGCUAAAAAACUCCAUUCCUCCAAAAAUUGUGCCCAAGUCAACCGUGGAACGGUCAUUAUUGGUUAACGGAGAAGUGCUGGGUGAACUACUGUCAAUCAUAAACAACCCACAGGGUUUAAAGCAGUUGACUACACUACCAAGGGGCUCAGCUGAGGUGGAGCUCAUGGGUCUUCUUCCAAUCUUCUAUGUCUACCACUAUCUAGAAAGCACAGAAAAUUGGGACAUUUUGGGGAAAGAGGCGGCUGCGAGUAACAUGGAAUUGAAGAGAAAAAUGAAAGAUGGCAUCACCAGCAUCCUGUCCUUUAAGUUAAAACGAGAAUAUGCCUUCAGCAUGUGGUCAAAUGAGGAUAAAACAGCCAGCACCUGGGUGACCGCUCUUGUCGUCAAGACUUUCGCUGAUAUGCACGACUAUGUCGCUGUGGAGUCCAAGAUUCUGAGCAACACCAUCUCUUGGCUGAUCAAACAAUGUCAAAAGCCAGACGGCUCCUUUGUUGAACAAUCUGAAACCAAACCAAUUAAACUUAUGGGUGCUGGAGCAGAUGUUACUGAACAGACUGUUUUCCUCACAUCUUAUGUCAUGAUUGGAAUUAAAAGGGCUAUGUUGAUCAAAACUCUUAACCUGGAGGAGUAUAAAACGGCUUUAAAUCGUGCAGCAAGCUACGUGUCCUCUCAGUCGAAGAAGCUUGGAAAUUUGUAUGUUAGAGCCAUCUCAUCCUAUGCCCUAACACUGGUAGACUUGCAUAGUAUUCCUGCAGUCGAACUUUAUGAGGGACUCAAGAGAAAGGCUCAAGUCAAAGGAAACCCUGUCACGGUUCGUUUCUGGGAAGAAACUCAACCAAGCAAGGAUCCAUUGAAACCCAGUAAAACAACAGCAAGGACCGUGGAAACAACUGCUUACGUCCUGCUUAAUGCAUUACAUAGAGGCGAUACCUACUAUGCAAAACCCAUUAUGAACUGGCUUACACAAGAUCAGAGAUAUGGAGGAGGCGUCCAUUCCACACAGGACACUAUUGUCACUUUGGAAGCCCUGUCCAGGUACAGCAUCUUAGCCCAAAAAAUCGUCUUAGACAUGGUGGUCAACAUUGAAUACAGGAAUAAAGGUGACAUCAGCAGCAUCAAACUAACACAACAGAAGCCGAUGGCUAAACCAAUAGAGGUGACUCAGAAUGAUGAUGUCAUUGUCAAAACAGCAAUGACCAACGGAGUGUCGUUUGCCACACUCCGAACGGUGUACUACGAAAUGUCAGAAAGCAAUGAAAAGUGCAACUUUGAUAUCUCAAUCGACAUGCCUCAGCGGGACCCAAAUUCAAACGAUCCCAUGCUUUUGUCACCACGGAUUGUGGCUUGUGCAAAAUACAAGCCACAUGAAAAUUCUGUUGAAAUGGAGUCUGGACUUACUGUGAUGGAAAUUAAUUUGCCGACUGGAGUGAGCCCAAUACAAGAGGAUCUAGAUAUGUAUCAGAAUGGAAUGGAGUCUCGAUUUUCCAACUAUGAAAUCAUUGGUGACCAAGUCAUCCUUCAAAUAGAGUCGAUACCAUCAGACAGCCCCUACUGCGUGGGUUUCCGUAUUCAACAGGAAUUUGAAGUGGGCACAGCCAGCGCCUCUGUAUUUAAAGUUUAUGAGUUUAAUGCUCCAGAUUAUCAGUGUAUGAAAUACUACAGCCAAAGUCAGAGGCUGUUACGACUCUGUGAUGGAGACCAGUGCCAGUGUAUGGCAGCGGAAUGCUGCAACUUCAAAUCUACCAUUGAUCCCAGUAUCACGGCUGAUCAGCUCAAAAAGGAUGUGUGCAGAGAAAACAUUAAAUAUGCUUUCAAAGUGUUAAUAAGCUCAUCUGAGACAGCAGGUGAUUUUGUGAUCUACAAAGCAAUAGUUAAACAAGUCCUCAAAAAAGAACAAACAGAUGACAUAAAAACAGACUCUGAGAUUGAACUUGUUAGAAGGGUGACUUGCAGUUCAACAAACAUUGAAGUUGACAAACAUUAUUUGAUUCAAACUGCUGAAAGUAUACAGACACGAGUGGGUCGUGUUUACAAGUAUAAAUUUCCUUUGGACUCGCAAGCUUGGGUGGAGUGGUGGCCAACCGAAACUGAUGUAUGCACAGAUGCUGCCUGUGGUCAAUAUAUUAACGUUUUGGGUGAUUUUGAAUUUGAUUUUUUGAUUUCUGGCUGUUAAGAUACCUAAUGUUAUAAGAACUGAUGUCUGUUGUUGUUCUAUAACAACAUCUGCUGUAAUUGUUUGAGAUUUUGUUU